AUGAGUCACACUUGCCCGCACAUACAUUCACAUAUUCAUACAAAAUGUAUCCCUUGUGUCGCUUGUGCUGCUUGUGCCACUUAUGCUGCAUUUGCUGAUUUUGCUGAUUUUGCUGUGCAUUUGGCUACUUGUUCUGAUUUUGCUGCUUGUGCUGCUUUUGCUGCUUGUUUUGCUUGUGCUGACUGUGCUGUGUGUGCUGCUUUUGCUGCGUGUGUUGCCAUUGCUGCGUGUGCUGCCAUUGCUGCGUGUGCUGCCAUUGCUGUGUGUGUUGCCAUUGCUGCGUGUGCUGCCAUUGCUGCGUGUGUUGCCAUUGCUGCGUGUGUUACCAUUGCUGUGUGUGUUCCCAUUGCUGUGUGUGUUGCCAUUGCUGCGUGUGCUGCCAUUGCUGCGUGUGCUGCCAUUGCUGCGUGUGUUGCCAUUGCUGCGUGUGUUACCAUUGCUGCGUGUGUGCGAUUGCUGUGUGUGUUACCAUUGCUGUGUGUGUUGCCAUUGCCGCGUGUGCUGCCAUUGCUGCGUGUGCUGCCAUUGCUGCGUGUGUUGCCAUUGCUGCGUGUGUUACCAUUGCUGCGUGUGUUCCCAUUGCUGUGUGUGUUGCCAUUGCUGCGUGUGCUGCCAUUGCUGCGUGUGCUGCCAUUGCUGCGUGUGUUCCCAUUGCUGCGUGUGUUACCAUUGCUGCGUGUGUUCCCAUUGCUGUGUGUGUUGCCAUUGCUGCGUGUGCUGCCAUUGCUGCGUGUGCUGCCAUUGCUGCGUGUGCUGCCAUUGCUGUGUGUGUUGCCAUUGCUGUGUGUGUUGCCAUUGCUGCGUGUGCUGCCAUUGCUGCGUGUGCUGCCAUUGCUGCGUGUGUUGCCAUUGCUGCGUGUGUUACCAUUGCUGCGUGUGUUCCCAUUGCUGUGUGUGUUGCCAUUGCUGCGUGUGCUGCCAUUGCUGCGUGUGCUGCCAUUGCUGCGUGUGCUGCCAUUGCUGCGUGUGCUGCCAUUGCUGCGUGUGCUGCCAUUGCUGCGUGUGCUGCCAUUGCUGCGUGUGCUGCCAUUGCUGUGUGUGUUGCCAUUGCUGCGUGUGUUGCCAUUGCUGCGUGUGUUGCCAUUGCUGCGUGUGCUGCCAUUGCUGUGUGUGUUGCCAUUGCUGCGUGUGUUGCCAUUGCUGUGUGUGUUGCCAUUGCUGCGUGUGCUGCCAUUGCUGCGUGUGCUGCCAUUGCUGCGUGUGUUGCCAUUGCUGCGUGUGUUACCAUUGCUGCGUGUGCUGCCAUUGCUGCGUGUGUUGCCAUUGCUGCGUGUGUUACCAUUGCUGCGUGUGUUCCCAUUGCUGUGUGUGUUGCCAUUGCUGCGUGUGCUGCCAUUGCUGCGUGUGCUGCCAUUGCUGUGUGUGUUGCGAUUGCUGCGUGUGUUACCAUUGCUGCGUGUGCUGCCAUUGCUGCGUGUGUUCCCAUUGCUGCGUGUGUUACCAUUGCUGCGUGUGUUCCCAUUGCUGUGUGUGUUGCCAUUGCUGCGUGUGCUGCCAUUGCUGCGUGUGCUGCCAUUGCUGCGUGUGCUGCCAUUGCUGCGUGUGCUGCCAUUGCUGUGUGUGUUGCCAUUGCCGCGUGUGCUGCCAUUGCUGCGUGUGCUGCCAUUGCUGCGUGUGUUGCCAUUGCUGCGUGUGUUACCAUUGCUGCGUGUGUUCCCAUUGCUGUGUGUGUUGCCAUUGCUGCGUGUGUUGCCAUUGCUGCGUGUGCUGCCAUUGCUGCGUGUGCUGCCAUUGCUGCGUGUGCUGCCAUUGCUGCGUGUGCUGCCAUUGCUGCGUGUGUUGCCAUUGCUGCGUGUGUUUCCAUUGCUGUGUGUGUUGCCAUUGCUGCGUGUGUUGCCAUUGCUGCGUGUGCUGCCAUUGCUGCGUGUGCUGCCAUUGCUGCGUGUGCUGCCAUUGCUGCGUGUGCUGCCAUUGCUGCGUGUGCUGCCAUUGCUGCGUGUGCUGCCAUUGCUGCGUGUGCUGCCAUUGCUGCGUGUGCUGCCAUUGCUGCGUGUGUUGCCAUUGCUGCGUGUGUUGCCAUUGCUGCGUGUGUUGCCAUUGCUGCGUGUGCUGCCAUUGCUGCGUGUGCUGCCAUUGCUGCGUGUGCUGCCAUUGCUGCGUGUGCUGCCAUUGCUGCGUGUGCUGCCAUUGCUGCGUGUGCUGCCAUUGCUGCGUGUGCUGCCAUUGCUGCGUGUGUUGCCAUUGCUGCGUGUGUUGCCAUUGCUGCGUGUGUUGCCAUUGCUGCGUGUGCUGCCAUUGCUGCGUGUGCUGCCAUUGCUGCGUGUGCUGCCAUUGCUGCGUGUGCUGCCAUUGCUGCGUGUGCUGCCAUUGCUGCGUGUGCUGCCAUUGCUGCGUGUGUUACCAUUGCUGCGUGUGUUUCCAUUGCUGUGUGUGUUGCCAUUGCUGCGUGUGCUGCCAUUGCUGCGUGUGCUGCCUUUGCUGCGUGUGCUGCCAUUGCUGCGUGUGCUGCCAUUGCUGCGUGUGCUGCCAUUGCUGCGUGUGCUGCCAUUGCUGCGUGUGCUGCCAUUGCUGCGUGUGCUGCCAUUGCUGUGUGUGUUGCCAUUGCUGCGUGUGUUGCCAUUGCUGCGUGUGUUGCCAUUGCUGCGUGUGUUGCCAUUGCUGCGUGUGCUGCCAUUGCUGCGUGUGCUGCCAUUGCUGCGUGUGCUGCCAUUGCUGCGUGUGCUGCCAUUGCUGCGUGUGCUGCCAUUGCUGCGUGUGCUGCCAUUGCUGUGUGUGUUGCCAUUGCUGCGUGUGUUGCCAUUGCUGCGUGUGCUGCCAUUGCUGCGUGUGCUGCCAUUGCUGCGUGUGUUGCCAUUGCUGCGUGUGUUACCAUUGCUGCGUGUGUUCCCAUUGCUGUGUGUGUUGCCAUUGCUGCGUGUGCUGCCAUUGCUGCGUGUGCUGCCAUUGCUGCGUGUGCUGCCAUUGCUGCGUGUGCUGCCAUUGCUGCGUGUGCUGCCAUUGCUGCGUGUGCUGCCAUUGCUGCGUGUGCUGCCAUUGCUGUGUGUGUUGCCAUUGCUGCGUGUGUUGCCAUUGCUGCGUGUGUUGCCAUUGCUGCGUGUGCUGCCAUUGCUGUGUGUGUUGCCAUUGCUGCGUGUGUUGCCAUUGCUGUGUGUGUUGCCAUUGCUGCGUGUGCUGCCAUUGCUGCGUGUGCUGCCAUUGCUGCGUGUGUUGCCAUUGCUGCGUGUGUUACCAUUGCUGCGUGUGCUGCCAUUGCUGCGUGUGUUGCCAUUGCUGCGUGUGUUACCAUUGCUGCGUGUGUUCCCAUUGCUGUGUGUGUUGCCAUUGCUGCGUGUGCUGCCAUUGCUGCGUGUGCUGCCAUUGCUGUGUGUGUUGCGAUUGCUGCGUGUGUUACCAUUGCUGCGUGUGCUGCCAUUGCUGCGUGUGUUCCCAUUGCUGCGUGUGUUACCAUUGCUGCGUGUGUUCCCAUUGCUGUGUGUGUUGCCAUUGCUGCGUGUGCUGCCAUUGCUGCGUGUGCUGCCAUUGCUGCGUGUGCUGCCAUUGCUGUGUGUGUUGCCAUUGCUGUGUGUGUUGCCAUUGCCGCGUGUGCUGCCAUUGCUGCGUGUGCUGCCAUUGCUGUGUGUGUUGCCAUUGCUGCGUGUGUUGCCAUUGCUGCGUGUGCUGCCAUUGCUGCGUGUGUUACCAUUGCUGCGUGUGUUCCCAUUGCUGUGUGUGUUGCCAUUGCUGCGUGUGUUGCCAUUGCUGCGUGUGCUGCCAUUGCUGCGUGUGCUGCCAUUGCUGUGUGUGUUGCCAUUGCUGUGUGUGUUGCCAUUGCCGCGUGUGCUGCCAUUGCUGCGUGUGCUGCCAUUGCUGCGUGUGUUGCCAUUGCUGCGUGUGUUACCAUUGCUGCGUGUGUUCCCAUUGCUGUGUGUGUUGCCAUUGCUGCGUGUGUUGCCAUUGCUGCGUGUGCUGCCAUUGCUGCGUGUGCUGCCAUUGCUGCGUGUGCUGCCAUUGCUGCGUGUGUUGCCAUUGCUGCGUGUGUUACCAUUGCUGCGUGUGUUUCCAUUGCUGUGUGUGUUGCCAUUGCUGCGUGUGCUGCCAUUGCUGCGUGUGCUGCCUUUGCUGCGUGUGCUGCCAUUGCUGCGUGUGCUGCCAUUGCUGCGUGUGCUGCCAUUGCUGCGUGUGCUGCCAUUGCUGCGUGUGCUGCCAUUGCUGCGUGUGCUGCCAUUGCUGUGUGUGUUGCCAUUGCUGCGUGUGUUGCCAUUGCUGCGUGUGUUGCCAUUGCUGCGUGUGUUGCCAUUGCUGCGUGUGCUGCCAUUGCUGCGUGUGCUGCCAUUGCUGCGUGUGCUGCCAUUGCUGCGUGUGCUGCCAUUGCUGCGUGUGCUGCCAUUGCUUUGUGUGCUGCCAUUGCUGUGUGUGUUGCCAUUGCUGUGUGUGUUGCCAUUGCUGCGUGUGCUGCCAUUGCUGCGUGUGCUGCCAUUGCUGCGUGUGUUCCCAUUGCUGUGUGUGUUGCCAUUGCUGCGUGUGCUGCCAUUGCUGCGUGUGCUGCCAUUGCUGCGUGUGCUGCCAUUGCUGCGUGUGCUGCCAUUGCUGCGUGUGCUGCCAUUGCUGCGUGUGCUGCCAUUGCUGCGUGUGCUGCCAUUGCUGCGUGUGCUGCCAUUGCUGCGUGUGUUGCCAUUGCUGCGUGUGUUGCCAUUGCUGCGUGUGUUGCCAUUGCUGUGUGUGUUGCCAUUGCUGCGUGUGUUGCCAUUGCUGCGUGUGUUGCCAUUGCUGUGUGUGUUGCCAUUGCUGCGUGUGCUGCCAUUGCUGCGUGUGCUGCCAUUGCUGCGUGUGUUGCCAUUGCUGCGUGUGUUACCAUUGCUGCGUGUGCUGCCAUUGCUGCGUGUGUUGCCAUUGCUGCGUGUGUUACCAUUGCUGCGUGUGUUCCCAUUGCUGUGUGUGUUGCCAUUGCUGCGUGUGCUGCCAUUGCUGCGUGUGCUGCCAUUGCUGUGUGUGUUGCGAUUGCUGCGUGUGUUACCAUUGCUGCGUGUGCUGCCAUUGCUGCGUGUGUUCCCAUUGCUGCGUGUGUUACCAUUGCUGCGUGUGUUCCCAUUGCUGUGUGUGUUGCCAUUGCUGCGUGUGCUGCCAUUGCUGCGUGUGCUGCCAUUGCUGCGUGUGCUGCCAUUGCUGUGUGUGUUGCCAUUGCUGUGUGUGUUGCCAUUGCCGCGUGUGCUGCCAUUGCUGCGUGUGCUGCCAUUGCUGCGUGUGUUGCCAUUGCUGCGUGUGUUACCAUUGCUGCGUGUGUUCCCAUUGCUGUGUGUGUUGCCAUUGCUGCGUGUGUUGCCAUUGCUGCGUGUGCUGCCAUUGCUGCGUGUGCUGCCAUUGCUGCGUGUGCUGCCAUUGCUGCGUGUGUUGCCAUUGCUGCGUGUGUUACCAUUGCUGCGUGUGUUUCCAUUGCUGUGUGUGUUGCCAUUGCUGCGUGUGCUGCCAUUGCUGCGUGUGCUGCCUUUGCUGCGUGUGCUGCCAUUGCUGCGUGUGCUGCCAUUGCUGCGUGUGCUGCCAUUGCUGCGUGUGCUGCCAUUGCUGCGUGUGCUGCCAUUGCUGCGUGUGCUGCCAUUGCUGUGUGUGUUGCCAUUGCUGCGUGUGUUGCCAUUGCUGCGUGUGUUGCCAUUGCUGCGUGUGUUGCCAUUGCUGCGUGUGCUGCCAUUGCUGCGUGUGCUGCCAUUGCUGCGUGUGCUGCCAUUGCUGCGUGUGCUGCCAUUGCUGCGUGUGCUGCCAUUGCUGCGUGUGCUGCCAUUACUGCGUGUGUUGCCAUUGCUGCGUGUGUUGCCAUUGCUGGAUCUCUCACAGUGCAACCUUGAAGGGUCGCUGCCAGAUGACAUUGGCAAUCUCACCUCCCUCGUCUCCCUGUACGCCCCCUCACCUCCCUGUACGCCCCCUCACCUCCCUGUACGCCCCCUCACCUCCCUGUACCCCCUCACUGCCCUCACCUCACCGCACGGCCCCACACCUCUCUGUACUCCCAUCCCCGUCACGUGUCUUGAUGCUGAUCCGAGGGGGUUGAACUCCUUGCUCUCGCAGGCAUUGCUUGAGGAUUCUCAUUCCGCCCUCACCUUGGCUUCACAGAUUCCCAUUCUGCUCUCACUUGCCAUCAUGCCAAUCCCUUUCUGUCCUCACUGCAUACUCCGUCCUACUCUCCACACCUCGUUCUCCCAGCCUCCCUCAUUCUCCAACCCUUAUUCUCCAAACCUCACUCACUGUUCAAACCUCCAUCAGUCUCCAAACCUCCCUUCAUUCUCCACACUCUCGUCACACCCCAUGCACUCCUCACACUCUCCAGCAGUCGCUUCACACAAGUACUGCUUCCCCCUUAACCCCUCAACCCCCGGCACCGUUUUCUCACCCCCUGCACCGUUCCUCACCCAUCACCAUUACCUCUCGACAUACCUACCUAGCCAUCUCCGCUCUUCACUCUCAUCCUCCCAUUUCCUCCCUCCACCUCCAUUCUCCAUUCUCCGCCGCCCUUUCCCCCCCUCCUCACUCUCCUCUGCCCUUCCCCGCCUUCCUCACUCUCCUCACUCUCCUCCGCCCUUCCCCACUCUCCCCCACCUUUCCCCGCUCUCCCUGCCCUCCUCCACUCUCCCCCGCCCUCCUCCGCCCUUUCUUGCUCUCGUCCGCCCUCCUCCGCCCUCCCUUGCUCUCCCCUGCUCUCCCCCACUCUCCUCCGCCCUCUCUUGCUUUCCCCCGCUCUCCCCUGCCCUGCCAGCAAUUUGGACGCCAAUCAGCUCUUCAACUCUCUGCCCGAGUCUCUCACCCGUCUCACCAACCUCCACAUUCUGUGAGCAUUGCCCGCCCUUCCUGUGA